AAUUCCUUGUGGGAUAUGUUGGUGUUUAAUCGUGUGAAAGCCAAACUUGGUGGAAGAGUAAGGGUGAUUGUUACUGGUGGUGAUCCUGUUUCACAAUCAACACUUGAUUUUCUACGUAUAACCGUUGGAUGUCAAGUGAUUCAAGUGUACGGGUUGACUCAAUGUAGUGGAGUGGUAACGAUGAAUGUUUUCUACGAUUAUCAAUCAGAUGGUGAUCAUUCACAUUGUGGAGGACCAUUACCAUGUAAUGAAAUCAAGUUGGUGGAUUGUUUGGAGAAAGGGUACUCGGUAGAGGAUUUACCGAAUCCUAGAGGAGAAAUCUGUGUACGUGGUGCGAAUGUGAUGAAAGGUUACUAUAAAAAACCAGAAGAAACGUCGCAGGUCAUUGAUGCGGAUCGAUGGCUACGAACCGGUGAUAUCGGAAUGAUACUACCAAACGGAACAUUGAGGAUUAUUGAUAGGAAGUCG